AAGUAUGGAGAACUACAGAAAAUUGCUCUCAGAUAUUUCUGAACACUCAACAAAGGAAAAGCAAGGAGAAUCAAGUAGUUCAUUUUCCUUAAGUGUGAAUUCAUCAAGAAGCAUGAAUAAUCAUCAAAGUCCUCCUCCUUCACCAACUCCAUCUUUCAAAUUCAAGAACAUUAAUCAAUUUGCUAAAACUGAAGCACAUCCCAAUGCUCUCAAAAACAUCAAGAAUUAUCCAAUUUUGUUAGCCUCUAUUACUGAAGAAUCCAAACAUUAUGAAGACAAUAGACUGAGUCUCAGUCGUAGGGCAAUCUCCACCAUUGAUUUCAGAAAUCAUCAUGAUCUGAUGGACCACAAGAUUUCUAAGCUAUUAAGCUUAGAAGAUCCUAGUUAGUUGUCAGUUAAUUCUGAUUUUGGUUCUUGUUAUAUGUGACUUAUAAGAGUAUCAGGCCUUUAGUUAAUUAAUUGAAUUGAUGCACUUAGCUUUUAAUCCUUCUGCUUGUGACUUUAAUUUUCACAAAUUUACUGAAUUUGUAACCGAUACAUUACUUAAUUACU